AUGCUUUGCUCUCGAGUCCUCACGGUGGCUUUGCACGUCUGUGCGGCGGCUGCUUUACCGACAAAGUCGGAACUGAAGAAUAACACCUUUCACAUUCUGCAGCCUCCAUCGCAGGACGGAACUGGCUGUGGUCUUGGUGAUGACUAUGAGUUUGUUGUGAGAAUACCUGAAGACGGACCCAAUGAGCAGGACAUGGUCAUCGAGUUUUUUGGCGGAGGUGGCUGUUGGAACUAUGAAACCUGCAACGCCACGACGACGGGCUUUCAAGGUGAGACGACCAGAUACUGGAUUUCGUUCAAUGCCGUGGCUGCUGCUAAGACCUUCCUCGGAGACAGAGUAACAUUGUGCAAGCUGCCACUGCUGGGGGAUGGAAUCUGGGAUUUCUGCAGAGAGGACAACCCAUACAGGACAUGGACCUACGUCAGCUUGCCGUACUGUACAGGGGACCAGCAUUUGGGAAGCAACAUCGCGACGUACCCGGACGGAAAUGGUAGUGCCAUGCAGGUUCGGCACUUGGGUGCGCUGAACGUUGAUUCCGUCUUGAGAUGGGCGAAGCAAGAGUUCCCGGCCCUCCAGCGCAUACACGUCAUCGGGGAGUCUGCCGGCGGUUGGGCAGUUUUUGCAUGGACGCGGCAGAUCGCUCUACGAUGGCCGAUUGCCACAGUGUCCGGUUGGUCGGACUCUGCACUCCACCUGCUUUGCCCUGGUGAAGUCUGUCACCAGACACUGCCGAUUGUGGACCGUGCCUGGAAUGCGACGAAUCCUUUGGUGGCCUCCCAGAGCUCGUACUGGAGCGCUGAGGCUCUCCAAAAACCCGACUGGAACUUGGGAAGCUACAUGGCAGAGGCAUUGGAGAGCUUGGGAGGACGGAUGAGCUUCGGGCUUUUCACCAGGUCUGAAGACAGCGAUCAGAAGCUCUACUGGAGCUUAUUCGGGGGGCUGCCAGGAGACUGGAGCACAGGCAUGGUGGCGAUGGUGCGUGACAUGGAGAGUCGACUCCCUCCCGCAUUUCUUCGGACCUAUAUCGCAUCUGGCUCCAGUCAUGGCAUGCACAGGAGCGAUGACCUGUGGACUAUGGAGCAUCAAGGUGUCAGGUUUAUUGACUGGCUUGGAAACCUCAGCAGCUGCUCAUUCCCACUCGAGAACAUGCGUGUUUGGGAUCCUUCAGUGGGAUCCCCUGCAAAUUACACAGGGAACGCAGCCGACUACACAUGCAAUGGGCAGAGUACA